UGGCCGGAGGCGGAGGUGGUUUCCCGGCAUCCUCCGGGACAGGCGGGCGGCGCGGCGCGGGGCGCGCGCGGCCGCCUUUACUCUUUGAGGCGCUGCCGAAACGAAGCAGGCUGGGCCGGGCCAGGCCAGGCCGGGCCUGGCCGCAGCCGGCCCCCACCAUUCCCCCCCUUCCCUCCCGGUGCCGUCGCCCCCCGGCUGCCACCAUGCAGGAGCUCAUCGCCAGCGUGGACCACAUCAAGUUCGACCUGGAGCUGGCGGUGGAGCAGCAGCUGGGGGCGCAGCCGCUGCCCUUUCCCGGCAUGGACAAAUCAGGUGCAGCUGUCUGUGAAUUUUUUUUAAAAGCGGCAUGUGGGAAAGGAGGUAUGUGCCCAUUCAGACACAUCAGUGGGGAAAAGACUGUUGUUUGCAAACACUGGCUACGAGGACUAUGCAAAAAGGGAGACCAGUGCGAGUUUCUGCACGAGUAUGACAUGACCAAGAUGCCUGAGUGUUACUUCUACUCCAAAUUUGGGGAAUGCAGUAACAAAGAAUGUCCAUUCUUGCACAUCGACCCGGAAUCUAAGAUCAAAGACUGUCCCUGGUAUGACAGAGGCUUCUGUAAACACGGUCCACUCUGCAGACACCGGCACACUCGAAGAGUCAUUUGUGUGAAUUACCUAGUAGGAUUCUGUCCAGAAGGGCCUACCUGUAAAUUCAUGCACCCUCGAUUUGAACUACCUAUGGGAACCACAGAGCAACCACCACUGCCUCAGCCAGCACAAACACAGCAAAAGAGGACACCCCAAGUUAUUGGAGUCAUGCAAUCUCAAAAUAACAACACUGGGAACAGAGGACCCCGGCCAUUGGAACAGGUCACCUGUUACAAGUGUGGUGAAAAAGGUCAUUAUGCCAACAGAUGCACCAAAGGACAUCUGGCCUUUCUCAGUGGACAGUGAAAGAGCAGAAAGAAGAGUGCAAGGGAGCUAUUAACACUGAGAAAAGGUUUCUGCCUUGCACUAUUUCUUGAACUAUUAAUCAGGUUGGUUUUUUAAUGCCAUUACUGAAAGAACUGGUCAGAGGCUGGCUGCUGCUAAGCAACAUUUUUGUAAUUGUCCACAACUUUUUUUAUGUUUUAACCUUUUUAAAAUAGAUUUUGGCCUCCGUCUACUUUCAUUGAGCCCUGCUGAAAGGCAGAUGUAAAAGCAAACAGACACGCAAAGCCCUCACCGGUGCAGCAUUCCAUGUAAAUGCAGCUGACCCCGGUGGUUUUUUUUUUAUAAAUGUUUUCCUCCUGCCACUUCUCUUUGGAGAACCUGCAGCAUUUCAGCACUCCCUGUGGAAGCAGAAAGACUGACUGGGAAAAUUAGUCCUUGAAAUGCCUUCCCUUCAGUGAGGAAUUCUGCUGUCCUGCUCUUACAAAGUGAAGUUGUGUUCCUAGAUCCAGUCUUGUGAGCUUGUCCUGGUGAUUGACUUAAUGCCUCACAUGCACCAGGCUAUAAAACUCUUGUCCACUUUGUUUCUGUGUUUCUUGCUAUACUGAAGGUUAGAAAUUAAUCUUCUGGGUGAGAACUGAUUUGGGAAGAAUAAAUUGGCAUCUCUGUAGUUGGCCAAAUAAUGAGAAGAAAUGAUUUUGGGAAAUUCACAUCUGCGUUCAUUUCCCAUUUGCAAAAAAUCACAGGGAAAUGAACACAGUUUAAAGUGUAGGAACAAAAGAGCCUUUUCUCAGCACCCCUGUCAUUCAGCUCACACCAAACAGGUAUUUCUGUAGCCUAGAGAAGACCAAGAAGUGGAGCUGUAUAUUUUUAUGGAACACUGCUUUUUAAAAGUGGUAGAACAUUCUUCUGAGAUCGUACCUCUGCAAGCCAAAACCCAUUUGUUUUGUGAGACAAAAAGGGCCAAUGAUAAAAUGUGAAUUAAAAAAAAACCAACAACUUGCA